CCCCUUUCCCAAUCUGAUUGAACCGUCCAUUGCUUCUCACCUAGAUCACCGACACCGAAUGCUGUAGGGAAAGUUUGUUAUUUCCUGCUUCCAUUAUCAAUAAACGCUCCCUCGGCAAGGGUAAAGAUCAAAAGCGAACCGUGCACGCUUCCUUCCAUUUCGUUCCACUUUCAAAUAAAGACUCGAGUCUUUUGCUGGCGCUCAUCAUUAAAUAAUGUCAGGUCUGUAACGGGGCAGCAGAUAAGAAAAUUAAGGGUACACCUUCAACAUAGAUUACACACGAUGUAACUUUCAUCGGCAGUUCGUUGGACGGUACAGUAUCAGUAGGCUAGCGCCCGCCGUUCGAAAGGGCAGCGUCUCAAUCGGAACAGAAAAUCUUCCUCUUAGAAUAAAAACUGUUUGCGAUGCAUUCUCAGCACUCGCUGUUGGCUGUGGGGUUGUUAGUGGUGAUUAAUUUAAAUGGCUACUACAGUUACAUUACGACCGGUAUACCACAGCUAGUAGAACACGACCGUAGACGAGAGCUAGCGUUAGUACCGUCGAAGCUUCAGCAAGCGCUAUCGAAGAAACCAUCCCACCGAUCAACCACCAGCCAAUCGGACAACGAUUUCCGGUUCCCGGACGAUUUUCUGUUCGGUGCGGCAACGGCAGCGUACCAGAUCGAAGGUGCCUGGAACGAGGACGGCAAGGGACCGAGCGUAUGGGACACGCUAACACACGACCAUCCCGAGCUGGUAGUCGACCGGGCAACAGGUGACCGGGCCGCCGAUUCGUACCAUCUCUACACAAACGAUAUCGAAUCGCUGGCGUUCGUUGGGUUUGAUUUCUAUCGCUUUUCGAUCGCCUGGUCCCGGCUGCUACCGCGGGGUGAUCGAUCGUCGUUGAAUGUGCGCGCGGUCGAGUAUUACAACCGGCUGAUCGAUGAGCUGGUAGCGAACGGCAUAGAGCCGGUGGUGACGAUGCUGCACUACGAUGUGCCACAGUAUUUGCAAAAUUUGGGAGGCUUUGCAUCGCCACUGAUAGUGGAUUACUUCCGGGAGUAUGCGGACACACUCUUCCAGACGUUUGGCGAUCGAGUCAAAUUGUGGAUCACUCACAAUGAACCGUACGAUUUUUGUGUGGAAGGGUACGGUACGGGCAAAACGGGCCCACUCGUCUAUGCCUCCGGUGUGGGUGAGUAUCUGUGUGCCCAUCACGUGCUGCUGAGCCACGCUGCAGCCUACCAGCUGUACAACGCAAAGUACCGGCAAACUCAAAACGGUUUGAUGGGUAUAACGCUCAGCGGACGAUACUACUAUCCGGCCACCAAUGCCACUGCGCAGGAAGCCGUGGACCGUGCGAUAGAGUUUCAGAUUGGCUGGUUUGCCGAUCCCCUGUUCGGAGCGACCGGUAACUAUCCGGCCGUAAUGAUAGAUGAAAUUGCCAAGCACAGCCAACUCGAGGGUCGUACCCGUUCCCGGCUUCCAACCUUCACCGACACCGACCGUUCGCUUUUACGGGGUAGUGCCGACUUUUUCGCCUAUAACUAUUACUCCAGCCGGCUGGUGGAGCUCGACGGUACGGAUUAUGAUCCGCUGCAAACGCCCUCGUGGCAGCGGGAUGCGCGGAUUAUUCAAUCCGUCGAUCCCGGCUGGAGCCGGGCAAAAUCCUCCUGGCUGUACGUAGUACCGGAAGGGUUGCGUGGCAUACUGAACUGGGUUCGCAAACGUUACCACAAUCCAAACGUGCUCAUCACCGAGAACGGUUACUCCGACGACGGGCAGCUCGAUGAUACGGCACGCAUCGAUUACUAUGCACGCCAUUUGCACGCAGUGCUCGGUGCGUUGAUCGAAGAUGGGUGUAACGUAGCCGGUUUUACCGCCUGGAGCAUCAUCGACAACUUCGAAUGGUUGCGAGGAUACAGUGAAAAAUUUGGCCUGUUCUACGUAAACUUCAGUGAUCCGCUACUAAAACGGAUUCCCAAACGGUCGGCCAACUUCAUGGCAAGCGUUAUCAGCACACGCACCAUACCGACGGAGUAGAUGUGUGUUCUUUCGCAGCUCGUUCCCAGUUGCCAGCAGUUGGUGUUGAUGGAUAUGGUUACAUUAUAUUUCUCUCCGAUUAGCAUCCACUUCGUAUCAUAUUGCAUUCACCCGUACCGGUGUCCAUGUCUUGGAGACUCUCUUAAUAAAGCAGCAGGAUAAGCUGGAAAUCGCCGUAUAAUCAUUA